GAAUCUGGAUAACAGAAGUCGUAGAUAUAUACUUUCAACAAAUCUCAGUUUUUAUUUUUGUAAUUACAUUUGAAAAAUCUAUUCUAAGAAUAAUCCCAUCGGAAAAACAAGUGAAAACAAUGGCAUCUCUACAGCAUAUGGUACCAUCAACAUCAUCGACUCUACGACAGUCAGUAGGCUGUAACUCAUCGUUCCUCCACUCAGGAAUGAAACCGGCACCUGUGGGUUUAGAGCUGAAAAAAAAGAAGAAGAGAUUGCGAUCGUUAACGGUUGUAGCAGCUGUGGGAGAUGUAACUUCUGACGGCAACAAUUUUUUGAUAGCAGGAGCGAUUGGUGUAGCUCUAAUUGGAACUGCGUUUCCCAUCUUUUUCUCUCGCAAAGAUAUAUGCCCAGAGUGCGACGGGGCGGGGUUUAUAAGAAAAGGUGGUGCAACACUAAAUGCUAAUGCUGCUCGAAAGGAUCUGCCUCAGAUCGUGUGCGCAAACUGCAACGGACUUGGCAAACUUGGUCAGGUUGACAAAUAAAAUGUAUUAACACAAAGCAAUCAAGAAUGUCCAAUGUAUUUGAUUCCUAUAUAUAUAUACAUCGUUUCCAAUUAUAUAUUGCAAGUGCAAGUGCCGGCCGAAAUAUAUCUUAUUUACGUGUUUACAUGUA